AUGCACAUCCUCAAAGCUUCCCUGUUUUCUCUCCUGACAGCACGUCUCACAAUCGCCGCAGUAACCGGCACAGUGACCGCACACUUCGAAGCCACGACUGGUCUCACCCCCAUCCCCCAACCAACACUAUCCAUCGCAGGCAACCCCAAACUGGUCGAGGCACGCGCCUUCGCCGGACAAAAGUGCUCUGGGGCUUCCAAGGACUACAACAUAUACGGCCAAGGCUGGAACGGCUCACCCGCGGAUCUCAGGCUUCCAGACGCCAGCGUAUACUCCAUCGGUUUCUACUACGCCGCAUCUGGCUGUCGCCUCUAUGUAUGCGAUAAUGACGUUGCUAGGAAUGGGCAGUGCCAUGUCGGAGGUUUGGGCCUCUGCGUUCCGAUUGCGGCGUGCAUGACUGUCAGCGACAAGGCGAAGAGCAGUGGCCGGAUCAUGUAUAACAUGGUGGCUAUCUGCUGA